CUGGUUGAAUCGCGUUGAACAGACAAGAAUUUCAUUGGCCAUUAACACCCUUUCCCCUUUACAUUCCGCUCAAAACAUAAGCCCACACUAUGGACCAUUCCAGUGAGCCCAACAAUGCCGCCCUGUACGAUGCGCGCCGCCGCAGGGGCUCGGUCGGCACCUCUCAGCUUCUCGACAACAUAGUUUCUGCCUCCAACUUCGAUCGUGAUGAAGUUGACCGUCUCCGCAAGCGCUUCAUGAAGCUGGAUAAGGAUAGUUCCGGUACUAUUGAUCGCGAUGAAUUCCUUUCUUUGCCUCAAGUAUCAUCCAACCCGCUCGCCACGAGAAUGAUCGCCAUCUUCGACGAGGACGGUGGCGGCGACGUCGACUUCCAAGAAUUCGUUUCCGGGCUGUCGGCCUUCAGCUCCAAGGGCAACAAGGAGGAGAAGCUUCGGUUUGCAUUCAAGGUGUACGACAUCGAUCGUGACGGAUACAUCUCCAACGGCGAGCUCUUCAUCGUCCUGAAGAUGAUGGUCGGCAACAACCUGAAGGAUGUGCAGCUGCAACAGAUCGUCGACAAGACGAUCAUGGAGGCCGAUAAGGAUGGCGAUGGGAAGAUCAGCUUUGAGGAGUUUACGGAAAUGGUGGAGAAUACGGACGUUAGUUUGAGUAUGACGUUGAAUUCCAUCUAGUCGUUGGUCGGAUGCUAAGUGGUGUGUACCCAUGACUUUGGAAGUCGAGAGGGUGGUGUGUCUUUGAUCUCAAUUUCAUGGGUAUCUUGUUCCCGUGUGUGUGUGCGCGUGCGCGCGUGCGUGUGUGUGAUACGAUAAUUCGUGAUUCCCUUUCUCGUCUCUGCGCUGUUAUCUUUCCCCUCGAAUUAUUACCCUUUGCGAUUCGACAUGGAACUUGACCUUCAUUCUUGCAAUCUCCUGCUACCGCUACAACUGCGACUGCGACUGCGAUCGCGGCUGCUAUCUGCCCUGCAUCUCGACUUCGCCAACCUCAACUG